GCUGUCCCGCAGGGCGGGGUCGAUUCAGCAGGAGAUCGGUGAGUCUAAUUUACUUUCUCGGGGUUUCGAGGCGGGAUUCGUGGCCGCGGAAAGCGAAAACCGGGCGAAAACCGGGUGAAAACACGGGAAAAGCGGGGUUCACCGGCGAGGGGAAGGACUGCUAGAGCCCGCUGGGAGCCGCCGGGGCGCUGUGCCGGAGGCCCCCGGCUGUUGAGUAUAAACGAGCAGGAGGCUGCGAGCAGGGAGGAUCGCCCGGGCCUGGCCGCGCUGCCUUAGACCUGAGCCGAAAACGAGAGAGCGCCGCCUCACGACCGCCUGGAGCCGGUGAGAGAGGCUGCCGGAGCGCCCGGUCUCUCACACAGGCGUGAAGGUAGCAGAAAAUAAGAGAGCGCCGCCACUCGCCAGUCUUGGAAACACAUCGUAUCCAGCACAAGAAGAGUUGGAAUGAAACUGAAGCCGCGAGGGAGGGUUAUCACCAACGUCCAGUCUUCAGAAGAUACACGACAGCCGUGAGAUUAAGAAGGAGACAGACAGCAGCUGGGCUUCAUUCUCAAGAGCUGUCAAAGCCCUGACCCCAGCCCUGGACAGACAGACAGACAGACAGACAGACAGAAAGCUAAAGACAGCCAGUCGGAGAGAGGUCUCGAUCCUCCGUCGCUGUGAUCCCUUCGCCUUUCACAGCGUGCCUAAGCGUCCAUAACUGCCCAAGUCCCUGAACCCAAACACGCUAGAGCUGACAGACAGUGGGUGGACGGGCUGAGAUGAUGUCGGAGUUCGUGGUGGAGUGCCCCCAGUCCCCCUCCCCUUCCUCCUCCCCCUCCUCCUCCUCCAUGUACGUGCAGCACCAGUACAUGUGCAGUGAGUGCAGGCAGCUGUUCAACGCGCUGGAAGACGUGCUGGUUCACCAGCAGAGUCACUUCGCCGCCGCGGGGGCCCUGUACGAGGGGGAGGGAGGGGAGCUGGUGGCACUGGAAGGGGAGGGGGUUCCUGUCGAGGAGGAGGAUGGGGAAGAGCAGAUCCACAUCGCGGGCCUGGCCGGGCUCCACGACAACCACUACCAGUGCCUGGAGUGCGGGCAGCUGCUGGUGUCCCCCGAGGAGCUGCUGCAGCAUCAGGAGCUGCACAUGAGAGGCGUGGCAGAGCAGCAGGGUCCCGCUGGAGAGUUCCUGGAGGAGGAGCAGAGUCCGGGGGGGGCUGUCCUCGCAGCUGCGCCCCCCAGUACCCAUCAGAUUCAUUACCAGUGUCUGGAGUGCCAGGCCCUGUUUGACUCACCGGAGGUGUGGCUGGCUCACAGACAGACUCACAGCAAGCCUCAGCCCCAGGGCAGCAGAGACACUGCCCCCCUGCCCCAGACCUCCAGCCUUGCAGGACCGCAGACCCAGCAUGCAGAGGUUCUGGUUCAGACAGACGGUUCUGGAGGCCCGUUUCUGAAUCUGCAGAACCUGGUUCUGAGUGAGCACCGCUAUGAGAGGGAGGGGGAGAUUCUUACCCUGGCUCAGGUCCUGGCGUCCCGGCAGCUGCAGAGUUCCACUCGAGGCCUGGCUGGCAACUCGGGAACCGCGACCCUGCAGCUGCAGAUCUGCUCUGCGCAGGCCAUCGCCGCGGCGACGGCACAGCACGCCGGCAAGAACCCGGCCUCCCUGACCCAGCCUUUCUUCCUGACCCGCACGCAGCCUGGGGGAGGGGGAGGAGAGGGGAACCUACUGAUAGCCUGCUCGGGGGGGGCGGAACACUCCUACCAGAGACCGCCGGCUGCCGCUGCAGCACCCCCUGCUGCCUCGGAGGAGGAACAGCAGCAGCAAAGCAUGACUGAGCCGGAGCCCAUGGAAAUGCAUCCGUACGAGUGUUCCGAGUGUGGUCUCCUCUUCCAGACGCCGGAGGAGUUCCUGGAGCACCAGGGGGCGCAUUUCAUGGAAGCAGACAAAGAGAGUGGGGAGGCAGUGAUCCCACAGGAGGUGAACGGGAGAGGUGGAGGAGGAGGAGGAGACGAGGAAGGGGAGGGGGAGGGGGAGGGAGGCGAAACGGAGGACCAAACGUCAAAGGCGGAAAAUGGUGGCGCGGCGACGGGAAAGAUGAAGAACUUUGUCAUCGUUUACGAGGGAGGCGGUCAGAACAACGCGCCCCUCCUCAAGCUCUCCCCGCUGCUCCCCUCCCCCUCCCCCCGGCGCUGUGGCGAGUGCCGGCUGCUGUUCUGCACGGCGGAGGAGCUCGGGCAGCACCGGCGGCUGCACCACGUCCGGGAGGAAUUCCGCUGCCCGGAGUGCGGCCGGCUCUUCACCUCGGCCAACCGGCUCUCCGCGCACAGCAAGGUGCACCAGGACGGCACGCACCAGUGCCCCCAGUGCAGCAAGGUGUUCAAGAAGCCCGGCUCCCUGCAGCAGCACGCCCGCCUGCACAGCGGAGAGGCUCUGCACCUCUGCCUGGACUGCGGGCUGGGCUUCGCCACCGAGAUGACGCUGGUGGUGCACAGGAAGACCCAUGCGGCCGAGCCCCUCCACCGCUGCCAGUUCUGUACCAAAACCUUCACCAAUAUGACCAAGUACCUGUACCACCGGCGCACCCACACGGGCAAGAGCGGGGUCCCACCGAGCCCCGGCAACGCCACGGCAACCAUCCACGCGAACUCCCCGUUGCUGCUGACGACGGCGACGAAAAUGACAUCACAGCCCCCGCUGGCAGUGACAUCACCGGCAACCAGCCAGCACCAAGGAGAGGCGGAGCUUCAGGAACAAGGAGAGCAGGAGAGAGGCUCUGCCCAGCAACAACAGCUGCAGCAGCAGGGAGAGGGGAAUGAAAUAGGUGGCGCCCCCUACGCCGCAGGAGGCAGUACUGCAGAAACGAACUGCAACGCAGGACAGCAGCUGGGAUCAGAAAACGGAAACAGCGCCGGUGUGAUCAGUAACAGCAAGGGUCUCGAUACUGAUCAGGACGAGCGAAUCUGGGGCAAUAAGUCUCCUGCAACAAUAGAAAUUACCUAUAAUAGUAGCACCAGCAGUAAUACACCUGCUGCUGAUCAUUUCAACAGCAAUCCCUCCAGCCUGCCAGAUCUGACUCAGGCUCCGGGGGGCGCUGUGGAGGCCGGGUGCUUCCCCUGCCCGCUGUGCCCCAAGUCCUUCCCGGCGCAGAUCCGGCUGGUGAGGCACAAGCGGACGGUGCACACACUGGAGCGCAGGUUCAAGUGCAGCGUGUGUGGGAAGGGCUUCAAGAAACAGGUUCAUGUGAGGAAUCACCUGCGCACCCACACCGGCGAGCGCCCUUUCCAGUGCAGCGAGUGCGGCAAGACCUUCUCCUCCCUCGCCAACCUGACCCGGCACGGGCUGACCCACACGGGCCAGCGGCCGUACAAGUGUGAGGAGUGCGGGCGGGCCUUCACCCAGUCCUCGAACCUGCAGCAGCAUCGGCUCUUGCACUCCUCCAGCCCGCCAUUUCAGUGCCAGGACUGCGAUGCUGCCUUCACCCGCCCCUCCAAGCUGGCAGCACACCGCUCCGUCCACACCGGGGUGCUGCCCUACCAGUGCCCCGACUGCCCGAGCUCCUUCCUGCGCAGGAAGAUGCUGGAGCUCCACAGGCUGAGCCACGAGGGCAGGGAGCCCAGCCGCUGCCAGAGCUGCGGGGCCGCGUUCGUGGAACCCCAGAAGCUGGCGGAGCACCGAUGUGGGGGUGCAGCCGGGGCCCAGGGUGGUCUCGCUAAGCAGAGGUUUGAGUGCCAGACCUGUGGGAAAAGGCUCAACUCCCCGGCUAACCUGCGGCUUCACGAGCUGGCGCACACCGGGGUGAGACCCUUCAAGUGCUCGCAGUGUCCCAAGGGAUUCACCAAUAAGGCCAGCUUGAGCCUCCACGAGCGACGGCACUGGGGUCUGAGCCCCCACAAAUGUGCGGAGUGCGGCAAGUCGUUCGUGUCAGCGUCGGGGCUGUCCCUGCACCAGCGCAUCCACACGGGGGAGCGGCCCUACCCGUGCCCGGAGUGCGGGAAGCGUUUCCGGCAGGCGACUCACCUGCGGGAGCACCGGCGCACCCACUCCGGGGAGCGGCCCUUCGGCUGCGAGAUCUGCCCCAAGCGCUUCGUGCAGUCCAUGCACCUCGCUGAGCACCGGCGCACUCACACCGGGGAGCGGCCGCACCGCUGCCCCCAGCCAGCCUGCGGGAAGGCCUUCAAGACCUUCUCGAAUCUGCGCAGCCACCGCAAGACCCAUGCCAAGCAGCAGGGGGAGGGGCCAGCGCCAGGGCAGAUACAGAUACAGGUGCAGCAGCAGCAGCAGCAGCAGCACCAGCUGCAGGCCCCCACCAUCAUGUGCACAGAGUUUGGAGACACGAUCGCUAUCAUCGAGACCUCGGACUCCACCCUGCCCAUCGUGGAGACCAUCGAGAUCUACCAGGCAGCCCUGGAGAGUGGGCUGCAGCUGGAGAACAUCACCCUGGAGAACAUGCAGGAGGACAGCCUGCAGCUGCUCUGAGACCCAGAGAGACAGGGACUGAGUCAGACAGACAGGGACACAGGCAGGCAGACAGGGGCUGAGACACUAGCUAAUCUUGGGCUAAUGUUUUCGUAGGUAAGGUGGUCUGGUUUAGCGUGGGCUGUGAAGACACAGACAGGCGGUCCAGGGUAGGGGCUGACCGCACACAGACAGGCAGAGCAGGUGGAAGAUGUUCUUUUCUGAUCUGUAAAUGCUUGGUGAUUUUUGUACACACUGUGAUUUUUUUUGGGGGGGGGG